UUCGCGUCUGUCACCCUUCACUCAAUCCCCCAUCAGUCAUAAAAAUUCAAGAAUGAUUUUCCAACCCUAAUAUUAGCAUUACAAUGUUAUUAGAAUUUCCAAAUUUUACAGCUUAAAUAAGCAUAGUGGCUUAAAGAAAAUGGUUGACUGCAUAGAAGAAACUGGCAAAGUCCUCAACCUUAAUAACCAAGGAAUUGUUAAGUACCUAUGUAGCAUCGAAGAGGAACGAAAUCACUUAGAGACCAUUAUACAGAAGCAGUAUGUGGAAAGGAAAAAAGUCGAGGUUGAGAUUGAGAGGCUUACUUAUAAGUUAUGCCUGAUCAACAAGAGCCUUUCAAUGAGGAUCAAAGCGAAGACCAACUAUGACAGGACCAUAGAUGAGAUUAGAGGGCAUUAUGAACAGCUUGUAGAUAGCUCAAAUAAACUAAGGAUAAUUGUUGAGAAAACCCAGCAAGAUUUAGAUGGUAUAAUGAACAAGAAGAUCGGCACAAGCUCACCAGGAGGUGAGAUGGGACCUGAAGGCGACGAUCUUAAUACGAUUUAUGUUAAAUCUGGAGGAGAUUUAUGCCCUGAUGAAUGCCCUUGCUACGCGAAAGUAGAUUUGAAACCAACCAAAGAAAAAUCAAAGAGUACUUCUAAGACUCUUGUCGGUAAAACCAAUUCUAAUGAAGGCGAUAACUCGCAAACUACUAAAUGGAGUCCUUCGACAAGUGCUGGAUCCACUAUGGUACCAUCAGCAAUGAAAGGAACUAAGCAUGCAGCAUUGCUUGCAAAUUCCAUCAAAAUGGAGCCUACCUCUUCCAAUAGAUUAUCAGAGCCUUCAGGUUCUGAUGCCAACCAAGUUCGGAGCGCAACAGGUUCUGAUACCAACAGAAUUUCGAGCAUGACUGGUUCUAAUGUAAACACGCUUUCAACCGCAACUAGUUCUAAGACCAACAAACUUGCAAGCCUGUCUGGUUCGGAUACUAAUAAAAUAAAAAGUUCCACUUCUGAUUCCGAUAAAAUGCCAACGAUCACAGAAGUUCAAUCAAAAAUAAACAAAGAGAGUCACUUGGUAAAUGAGGGAUCCGCAGAUCUAGUAGUAACGCCUCAGGACUCAGACUAUCACAGAAAAAACAGCUUGGAAAAAUCAAGGAACUUGUUCUUAGCAAAUUUAAAGGGUCAAUUGGAUGCUAAUAACACUAAACACAAAAGACGAACAUCUGUACCCACAGGCUCAAAGUUAAAAGCGCAAAAUCGAACAGUUCCAUUAGACCUUCUUCAACAAAUUAAUGCCGAUAAGAACUCUGUUGCUAGUGAUAAUCAAAUCAAAAAGAUAAGUUUGAGUGCAAUAGAGAGCACAGAUGAUCAGGAGUCUUUUAUAUUCAGUGUCAACCCUGAUUAAUAAAUUAAUUUUUUUUAAUUAAA